AUGCAAAAAGGUAUUUAUAACAUUGAUUCUGUUAUCGGAACGAAUUUAAAACGGUGGAAGGAGGCAAAACUGGAGUCGGCAAACGUAUUUGGUCUUUCAACAGCUAGUACCUCAUCGUUAAGCAGUACAGGUGGUACUGCAGCUAAUAUGAAUGCAAUGCUUAGUAACGCUACCGGACUUGCAUCUGCUUCAGCAGUUUCUGCAUCAACAUUCGAUUCGGCAGCACUUUAUCAAGCGCAAGCAUCUACCUUAACACAG